AUGGCCGGAGCAGUUGAGCGGUUGAAACUUUUCAACCAAAGCGUCUUUAUCCCACCAGCUGACUCGCCCAAUUUGGUGGCAGCUUGUCCGACAAUUGACCUCACGGCCGCUGUUGGCGGUGGAAAUGUCGUCUACAUCCGCCGGCGUGGUGGUGAGGUCGUGUCCAAGGUCACCGAGCGGAACAAGGACGUCCAAGCUUUAGCAUGGAGAUCCGAUGGACAAUUUCUUGCUGUGGCUUGGAACGAUGGCGUCGUGCGCCUCGCCGGCCUGGAAAGCUCCAAGGCCGUCCACCAGAUCCGGCUGUACGAAAGCUCUCCGGUGGCCGUCACAUACAUUAGCUGGGCCAAGAACCUGGUCGGGGGCAAGGAGACGUGGCAGAGCGGUCUCCUUGCGAGCCAAGACGACCAGCAAAGUAGUGCGUUGCUUGACCUGCCGCGGGCCCUCAUGUUCCUGGAGGUCGAAGAUGAUAUUCCCAAACUACCUCCAUUACCAGUAUCUGGAGGCACAGGAGACGACAUGUUUGUCUUUUCUACACGCACAUCGCUCGAGUUCAUGUUUCGGCCACUCAGGCCCAAAGACGGAGAUUCGAUCCACAUCAUGCUCCUCGGCACAGUGGACGGCGCCAUCCACGUCAGCAUCUACGACACAUUUGUUAUGGGCACCUUCAAAUUGCCAUUACCGUCCAGUGAUGGUGUUGCUACCAAUGAAAACGGGCCACUGCUGCAUCUCCGCCGCCAUACAUCGCAUCCUGCGAGCUCGACACACACUCUACUUCUCGCCAAUGAGGAGAAGGACAAUAAGAUCGUGUACAUCUCCCAUAUGGACUUUGCGUUCAUCCACUCUUCGCCCCUCAACCUCUCACUUCUCGCCUACAAAACGACGACAUUCCAAAAGCUCAUGAGGUACAUACGGCAAACCGAGGACCACAUGCAAAUUGAGUGGCAGUCGGCUCGCGAACUUCCUGCCCGGUUUCUCGCCAACAUCCAGGAAGACCUGCAAGGACAGCGCAAGCGCAAGAACAUUGCCCAUGCUCUGCGCGUUGCUGCCAUGACGGGUUAUGUACCAGCUGUGAUCAAAGAGUGGCUUGUCGACACCGUUGCUGAGCGGGGAUAUCGGCGGUGGGACAAGGCUGUCGUGGGUGGCCUUCAGAACCUUCGCGACCUUAUCCACGAGAAUAUGAUGCCGGCACUCGAUCGUGCCAUGCUGGCGCUCAGCCGCCUCCGUGGCCUGGCCGAAUUCCAUAGCAACGACGACAUUGGAUUUUCGGCCGAUCAGAUUGCGGAGCUCAUUGACAUCGUCUCCUGCCUCAUCCUGGUCACGCACAACGCGCUGGCCCUUGUCACGGCCGAGCUGGAACUGUUUAUGUGCUUCUCAACGUGGCUGCGGUCGCUCAUCGAGCGCCUCGCGCUGCCAGCCCAAGCCGAAGAGCAGGCCGACAAGGAGCCUAAUCUAAGCAUCACGCCCGUGAUUGACUACAUUUCGAACCAUUUACUGCGGAGCCCACUAGACUUGCAUUUCGGAAAGCCGGCUGAAGGCGAGUGGAGGGCGGACUGGAAGGCCAUACAGGAGCAACCCAAGAACGGCGCUACCAUCUCGCUCCUAGACCAGCUCGAGGCGGAGAUGGAGAGAGUAGAUGGCUUUGCUGUCAAACCAGAUUUUCUCGCUAUACUCCAAGACGGACUUCGGGAGCAGCGUGACAGCAAGGGUAAACAAGCGUCCGAAACAGGCCAAAGAAGCGGCAGUGGCAAAGGCCACGAAGUUCUCGACAGCCACCUGGGUGACCGCGACAGAGAAGGAAAGGAAGAAGCGGAUGACGAAGACAACGGACAGCCCAUCAAGGCAUUCACCCAGUUUGGCUUCCUCACACGACUCUUUUCGACGCAAUCCGAAAGUGUACUCAAGACCAUUGCAGAGUCUGGACGGCGGCACGUCCACUUUGGCCCCCUUACACGGCUUUCGGUCGGCCAGCCCAUCGAGAAAGCUGAAGUGGCCAUGACGGCUAUUGCAAAGCCUGACCCAGAAGACAGCGCAGACGCCUUGUCUUUUACUGCCCUCUCGACCAAGGAUGACCCGAAAAAGAUCUACCUCUUCCGUUCGACAGUCGCGACCUCCGAGGGCGUCACGACCGAUGUCUCAACACAGGGCUGCGUCUUGGACCUUGCCGCUGGUGGCCGCGUUGUGGACUUUCAGUUCCUCGGUGCCAACCUGCUGCUUAUUCUAUGGGCAGCAACUGCAGAGGACCGCGACUCACGCUUGGUUGUCGUUCCGACUCAAUCUCCCAAAAUUACCUACGGAACCUACCACGGCAACGGAGAGGAACUACCACCGGUGCCGUUGGCGGAGAUUGGCCUCUGCUGGUCCGCAGGCGUACUCGCCAAAGGCGACAACAACAGCCCGGUGGCUCGGAUGGAAGUACUAGGAUCGAGGCGAUCCGGGUCUGACCACGUCAGCGGCGUCGAUAGCAGCGCAACGAACAGCAUCAUUGGAGACAGGAGUGGGUCCCCGGCGCGCAUAUGUUUGAUGCAUGCGGACGGUGUGACCCAUCAGGUGCUUUCGCUGCCGUCCGUGGAGGAAAUGUUUGGUAACGAUGCAUGA